AACGCGGUAUUCGUUGUCAGUUUCCUACUUUCUCCGAAACUUCUUCUUCAUAAAUUAAAUUCCCCAUCAAAUUUCCUUUCCUUUCAUUUCAUUUCAUGUAAAUUUCUAUUCAAUUCAUACAAAAUCGGUCCCCAAUCCAGUUAUAGCGACACGUUGGAGAGAGAAUUUUCUCAAUUCUCAUCCAUACAAAGACAAAAUCCCCCAAUUUUCGUCUUCAAUUUCACCCACAAACCUCUUCGAUUCUUUCUAGGGUUUCAUCAAACCCCAGUUCGUUACUCAUACUGAGGUUGAUUUGAUUUGAUUUGAAGUGAAGUGAGAGAUGGAGGAAGACAGAGAGUUAACAAGGUAUUGGUGUCACCAAUGUAAUAUGCAAGUUAUCCCAAUUUUAGGGGUGGAAACAGUCAAAUGUUCAUCUUGUAAUGGUGAGUUUGUGGAAGAAAUGGCUGGGUUAAUCAGUGACCAUAACCACCAUGAAGCUGGUUCUGACCCGGAUAGUGACCCAGACCGUGCGCUUUCGUUAUGGGCGCCUAUCUUGCUUGGGAUGUUGAACAACCGCCGUGGUCGUAGAAGGUUUACGCAUAUUGGGUUUGAUGAGGAUGAGGAGGAUGAAGACCGUCACGCUGACCGUCUUGAUCCGUUUGAACGUUACCGUCGGUACCAGUUUCGGCAUCCGAAUGAAAGAUCGGAUUUGGAUUUGGACCGUUUGCGUGAGGCGGCUAUUAGGCGGCAGCGGAGGAAUGACGCCACAGCGUUCCAGAUCUUUCAGGGUGGUCGAGGCGGGAUUGGUUUUGAAUCUGAAAACAACACGGAUAUGGAGAACGGGGCGGAGAGGAACAGUAACAGACGGGAACGUGUUAUUCUGAUUAACCCUUUUAAUCAAACGAUCGUCGUUCAAGGCGGCGGAAACCCGUCACAGACUCACUCGAUUGGUUCUUUAGGUGAUUAUAUUUCGGGUCCAGGAUUAGAGCAACUGCUACAACAUUUAGCUGAGAACGACCCGAGCAGAUAUGGGACCCCACCGGCACGAAAGGAAGCUAUUGAUGCAUUGCCAGACGUAACAAUAGAGGAACCUUCAGUUCAAUGUUCGGUUUGUUUGGAUGAUUUUGAGGUUGGAACCGAGGCUAAAGAACUACCUUGUAAACAUAGGUUUCAUAGCAAAUGUAUCUUGCCAUGGCUUGAGCUUCAUAGCUCGUGUCCUGUUUGCCGGUUGGAGUUGCCGUCUGAUGAAUCGAAACUCAAUCAAGAACGAAACGAGUCAGGUCGUAGUGAAUCGGAUAAUGUUAGGAACAAUAGGUGGUUUUCGGCUUCUCUUCCUUGGCCUUUGAAUUUAUUCUCGUCAACAUCUGGGCCCGAAACUGGGAGCUUGGUGACAUCAACAUCAGCAUCGGGUUCGGGUUCACCACCACGGGCUCAUGGCGAGGAAGAUACUCACUAGUCACUAGACUCUUCAUCUGCCCUGUGUAAGUUGGCUACUUGUUUUUCUGCUUUGUUACGGAAUUGUGUACAUUAAUAAGUGUAAUAUUGACAGAGAUAUGUUGCCUUCUAAAUUUGUCUACCUUUAUGUAUCAUAUACCGUUUUCCCUUAUUCGAUUUAACUGAAUUUUCGCGUUUUAA